AUGAACAGAGGACCUUUGAUAUUUAAUGGGCCAUUGUGCGCACCUCUUGCUUAUGAUCCGUCAUUCAAAGGUUUGUGAGGUUUUUCUUCCAUCACCUUGCUCAUUGUUUACGCUAUGCAAUUCACCUGUUUUGGUUUCGAAUUUUAGUGGAAGUUCGACUCCACGAGCCACUUUGGAAAGUCAAGUUUUCUCCAGACCAUGUAGCCAUCGAGAUUUUAACUUUGUGCUCUCAGCUAGAGCCACUUUGCAAGAAAGAAUAUGCUGUAAGAAUAAAAGUUUGUUUACUUUUAAUUUAAGCUUGUAGCUAUGCAUAAACGGUGCAAAACACUCAAGCUUACUGAUAUACCUCCGUUCUAUUUUAAUUGAAAGAAAUCAUGCAGAAGAAUGAUUAUGGGUGUUUAAAAUAGCCUCAAAGCGUGAAAAAGGUGUAUUUCUAGAUUCUUCUAAUUUUUAUUGACUAUUUAUUUAUUUAUUUUUAUUAAUUUUUAUAGACAAUAUUACAGAAGAUUGAUGCAGCCCACAAAGUGGAAUACCAAAACAAAUUUGAGCCAAAAGGUUUGUUUGAUAGUUAGCAGUGACAUUUUACCAAUGUGCUGGAAAAUUCUCCUUCUAGAAUUAUGCAGCUAUUAAUAUCUUAACAAAAAGGGUUGUGUGGGUACACGGGGGUAGGGUACUUAGCAUUUGACAGAAUAACCUGCAGAGAGUGCCGCUCCCUGUGGCAUGGGGAUAAGCCAUUUACCAGCUCACCUCGUAAUUACCAUUUUUGUUACCUUAAAUCCUCCAUUAAGCCCCUGAAGGGCUUAUUUAUUUGAAGCUUAUUUGACGGGGGAGCUUAUUAGAGAAGGGUGGCUUAUAUGAGAGGGGAGGCUUAUUUAAUGUAGAAAAGACAAUGGUAGAAGUUCUCCAUAAAGAACUAGAAUACAAAGUGCAAAAGCUCAAGUACAAGAAGGUUGGAGGUCACGCAGCCAAGGAUCAGAAUCAAAUCUGAACUUUCAGUUGGCAAAUAAACCAUCCCAGAUCAGUCCACACGAAGUUUAACAGUCGUGAUUGAUUAAUACAGGACUUCCAUGAUUUAUUAAUAGUGAAGAAUGGUAAGGGAAGUGGAGGGGGGGCUUAUUUUAUUGACACGGGAUACUCACGCUAGGGAUGAUCACACUGCACGAAAAAUUGGAUUUGUACAAACUCACUCGGUGCAAAUAUGGUGCAAAAAAGUGCAAACUAGGGGAAAAUCACAAGAUGGUAAAUGCCGCAUUUGCUUGCCAGUUUACACAGGGUUGUAAAUUUGAGGGGAAAUGCCCUAUUUACCAGCUUUGUCCUUUAUUUAGCCUUAGUUUGCACUUUUUUGCACCAAAUUUGCACUGAGUAAAUUUGGUGUAAAUCAAAUUUGUCAUGCAGUGUCAGUAGACUACUAUUGAACAUUAGAACAUUGACAAGGCAGGUGUGAUGCAGAAUGAGAUGGGAAGAAGAAUUUUGUAUACUUUACUUACCAGAGGCCCAGUUCUUGUAAGCCCCGAUAAUUAUUAAUGAGCCUGGAAAGCUGUUGUUGUUUAUAUUAAAAAUUUGCAGAUAAUGUGAUAAAACUAUCAGUUAACAAAAUGAAAUGGACUGAUUUCUUAGAUGCAACCUGCACUUUUGUUCUUUAGAUUUUGAUUUGAAUAUUUAAUUAUGGGCCCAAAAGGUUACUGGGAUGUUUGUGGGGUGGAGGUGGGGGGUACUGCCAUGCAUGGGCUAUAUAGGCAAUUGUGCCGUUGGGAAUGGUAUGGUUUUUAAAGCGGUUUACUCUGGGAUAGGGUAUAUAAAUGAGAGAGUAAGGGACUACAGUAGGGUAUCAAUUUCCAGGAACCUGAUCAGUCAGUUGAAGAUUUUAGUCUAGAGUAGCCUCAAACCAGGAAUUGUCACUCAAAAAUAUAAAAAAAUAAAACUGGUUUUUUGUUUGCUGGACUAUGCUACUGACCUCAGUAGUUUCUGGAAAACAGCUACUCUAGGAUACAGGGGGAUAUUGGGAGUUUAGUCUAGUAUAGGGUACCAAAAUUCAGCUAAACUAGCUCUGGUAUAGGCUAAGGGUUCCAGGGUCCCAGUGGCACAUCCCCACCCAAAAAUUUCUAAUGUACUUCCCUCCCCCCAGAUGUUUGAGAGAAGGACACAAAAAUAAUUUUCCUCUUGGACCUGUAUGUCUAAUUGUAGAGUCUCAAAGUUUUGUAUAACAUGAACAGAAAGUUCUGAAAGUUUGAUCAUUAACCUUGUUUUCUUUUUCCUUACAGCUCAAGUAGUCUUUGAGAAAAUGAGGGAAAUGUUACAUUUUCUUCCUGACCCAAGACCAUCACUUACAGUAAGUGGAAUUUUUUUUAAGUGGUAA